GUUUCCUCUUCUUCCAUCGAUGGAGUCGGUCUGCCGAGUGGCGAGUGUGAUUGGGUAUUGCUGGGUCCAUCCUUAACUCUACGGUCGAGAUCACUUACUCCAUCGGGCUUUAGUAGUGAUGAUAGCGUCCCGACGGAGGCGGAGCCUCUCAGGACCAGCAUCUUGAUUCCAUGAGAACUAUGAUGCUCUAAUAAUAACAAACACAAUUACCACGACACGCCGCCUCAGCCUCUUGGCAGGGUGAUCUCAGGCAAUCCUGUUUGUCGAUGGCUACUUAAAGCCGCAUCCCCCGGCUCUCCUCCUUCUUCCUUUUCCAUUCCUCUCCGUGCCUUCAGACAAGAGACUUCCAAUUCAAUUUAAAAAUAAAACAAAACCCUCUCUCAAAUCACCACCCCACCUCAACAACCAUCACCAUGCAUUUCAAGACUGUCGGUACCAUCCUCCUCGCCUCUUCCGGCCUGGCCUUCGCCCAGAGCCAGAGCGGCCCCAGCGGUAGCUCCGCCAGCCAGGAGGCCGGCGAUUUCCUCGAGGGACUCGACCUGGACAUCUCCCCCGAGGAGUUCGCCUCCGAGGUGCCUGCCCUGGCCAGCGUCCCCCCCAGCAUCGAGUCGGCCUUCGCCACCGCCGUCCCCUCCUCCGUCGCCGCUGCCUUUGCCGACCCCGAGAAGGCCGCCUCCCUCUUCAGCCAGUGGCCCAGCAACAGCGCCCCCGGCUGGUACUCUAGCCUGCCCACCUCGGUCCAGGCCUACGCCUCUUCCGUCGUCGACGAGGCUACCUCCGCUUUCCCCGAGCUCGCCUCCGUCCUGCCCACUGAGAUCUCCGAGUCCGAGGGCGGCUCCGCCGACCCCGCUGACUCCAAGGAGUCUGCCUCCGCCUCCGACAACGCCGCUGCUGCCCCCACUGGCAUGGCCGCUGGUGUUGCCGGUGCCGCCGGUAUGCUGGCCGUUGUCCUCGCCCUCUAAAUGGGUUGAUUUUUUAUGGCCAGCUCGCAUGGACGCGUGACGAACAAUCAUAACGUCAGCGAUCUAUGUGAUUAUAAUGGGAACCUUUUCUUAUGUUGCUCUGUUUUCCUUGGUUUCUAAACUUGAUCUUUGCAUGAUGCACAGUGUAUCGAUAUGACUUAAUACAAAUAAAUAUAUUACUAUGACA